UUAUAUUUAGACAACCUCACAUCCGGUGGAGUUUCGACCAAUGAGAAAGCGUCGUGUCGUUUGAACCGGGGGAGCGGGACUCUAUCCUGAGCUGUUGUUGAAAACGGAAUAAAGACUUAUAUUUCAUCCCGUAACUAAAUGAAUUAAUUUUAGCUUUAAAUCAAAAAAUAAAAAGGUAUGAUAACGGAUAGAGACGGUUACCACGGUAAUGUUUGAGUUUGUCGGUUCCCGAUCUUCUUGUUGGUGAAACGGACCCUGCAAAAAAAAGAGUAAAGAUGAACCGAGCAGGCCGACCGUUGUUCAUGAAGACCUACGGCAAACAGAACCGGAAGUUGGAGGCCUGGAUCUCCCCUGACAACCGAAAACAGGUUUUCGCCAGCACCUCUUCCUCUGACCUGUCCAUCGUUGAGCCCUCCAGCCCCAAACCCCCGGCCAAGAGAGGGAGAAAGAGAAGCACAGCAGAUGGUAGGAGAGAGCUGCGGGGCGAAGACCAAAGCCCUGUCCUGUCUGAGAGAGCAGGACAGUGAUGAAGAGAACAUCUUCAUCGUCCCUCCUCCUCCUCCUCCCCAGCAGCAGAGCAACAACACAGCCAGGAAGCCAUUCUUGAGGCGUGCUGGUCGGAAGGCCCAGCGUAUUGUGAGCUCCAGUGAGAGUGAUGUAGAGACAACGACCACCAGACAACCCAACCCGAAACGCUGCAAACACACCACAGCUAGAGACAGGACACACACACAUCCGUCUCCAGUUUUGGCUCCAGGGAAGUUUGUGACUCAUCGUAGGGGAGCAACAACCGCCAAACACAAAGCCCCCAAGAGGAAACUCAGUGUCCUGCUGGCCCAGCUCAGCCUCAACUCCUCUGAUGACUUCGUCCAGGGUGGAAGAGAAGAAGGGGGAGUGGUCCAGCGUUUCUUCCCUCGCCAUGCCAAACAGGGGCGCCGCCGGGCCCUGGCCAACGCUGACAGCUCAUUGGCCGACCUGGGUAACAGCGGAGUAUCCAACAGUAAAGGGUUCCUGCGAGAUAUCUCUCUGAACGAGUCGCCCGAGCGACCCUACCACAGGAAACCUCUCUUCUCCUCCACCCCCAGCUCACGUUCCCUCCCUCCUCCUCCCUCCUUCCUCCGUCCACUCGUCUCCGCCAGUGACAUCAUCUCUCUGAGCACCACCCAGGAGGAGCUCGAUGUUCCAGAGGACCCCCUCUCUGUCACAGAGCUGCGCCAGCUGUCGUCCCUGGGCCAGGCAGUGGGACAACCCGAGGUAGGAAACCGUGAUGCGCCGACUCCCCGUGGAUCAACCAGUCUGAGGAGUAACGUGAGCCGGAAUGGAGGCUCGGCGAUCCAAGAUGGCGUCGGUGAGCAGCUGAGCCCGGAGCUGUUCUCUGCGGUUGCCUGUGAGCAGACUGACCCACACAGGGCCGGGGAGGAAACUGAGGACGGCAGCCAUUUUGUGUCAGCGACGGUGGGACAGGAUUGGCUGGCCGAGGUCGUGAAGCAGAGGUGUCUGACACGGUGCUGUGCUGUACGGCUCCAGAGAGUGGACAAACUGCACACCACAUGUUCACCCUGCGUCGACCAGACGCGGUCACACGACAACGGGCGGUCUGUCGACCACGUGCGCUCGGCGACGAGGGGUCAGUCCAUCGACCGCUCGGCGACGAGGGGUCAGUCCAUCGACCACUCGGCGACGAGGGGUCAGUCCAUCGACCACUCGGCGACGAGGGGUCAGUCCAUCGACCACUCGGCGAUCAGGGAUCCCUCUAUAGACCACACAGGGUCAGUGACUGAAGGGCAGUCUAUAGACCGUGCGGUCAACGACAGCCGUAUCGUGUCUGUCAGCCGGACCAGUGAGGAACCUGUCAGGGUGAAGCAGAGACUGACCACACACUGUGAGGUACAGCUGGGGAGGCUGACCGAAACCCGACCCCACAGAGAGACCAGCCUGUUGUCCAGUGACCACGCACGUUCAGAGAACGUUCAGAGUCUCGUCCCUAAAGACCGCGUUCCCAAGGACAGUCUCGUCCCUAAAGACCGCGUUCCCAAGGACAGUCUCGUCCCUAAAGACCAGGUUCCCAGGGACAGUCUCGUCCCUAAAGACCAGGUUCCCAGGGACAGUCUCGUCCCUAAAGACCAGGUUCCCAGGGACAGUCUCGUCCCUAAAGACCAGGUUCCCAGGGACGGUCUCGUCCCUAAAGACCGCGUUCCCAGGGACGGUCUCGUCCCUAAAGACCACGUUCCCAGGGACAGUCUCGUCCCUAAAGACCAGGUUCCCAGGGACGGUCUCGUCCCUAAAGACCGCGUUCCCAGGGACAGUCUCGUCCCUAAAGACCGCGUUCCCAGGGACAACCCCCACAGAAGGAAGGUGGGAGGUGCUCCUAAAGAGCGGAGGAGCGUGUCUCGGGAGCGGCCCGCCACCAGUAGGAAGGUGUGUGUGAGCGGUGUGAGUGUGAGUCGCUGGGGAAGGAGAGACAGGGCUCCCAACAGCAGAGCAGCACCUCCCCCUGGCCGAGCUGGGGACUGCAGCAUCACUGAACUGCUGUCUGCUCAACACGGGGUAGUAUUGGGGACUCCAGUUGGUGGUAACAGACUCCACCUGUCCUCUCUGCUGGUCAACCUCACUCCUGAGACUCACACCUGGAGUCGCCUCAAAGCUGCCCUCUCCCUACACAGGAAGACCAAAGCGUUCCUGACUCCGAAGAGGCCUCUCUACCUGCUGUCCUCUCCUGAGGCGGAGCUAGGGGUGGGGCUAGAGGUGGGGCUAGAGGCGGAGCUAGGUGAUGUCAGUCAAAAACUGUUCUCCACGCCCCGCCCACCAAACCUCCGCUCAACGAUACGGGGGAGCACUCCUCUGAGUGUGUGUUCGUUAGACGGAGAGCUCUCUGAUGACCAGAAGGUGUUUUCGGAGUGUAACCAGACAGGACCUCUGGGCUUCCAGGACUGUCUCCCAGCAGCCAGGAUGAAGCUCUGUAGGAAGAUCGGAGAGGGGACCUUCGGAGAGGUCUUCAGUACCACCAACACCUCUGGAGACGCCGUCGCUCUCAAGAUUAUCCCAGUAGAAGGAUGUGACCAGGUGAAUGGAGAGGAACAGAAAACCUUUGGAGAAAUCCUCCACGAGAUAAUCAUCUCCAAGGAGCUGAGCAGUCUAAAGGAGAAGAAACACAACCAGACCACUGGCUUCAUCGGACUGAAGGAUCUCCACUGUGUGCAGGGCUGCUACCCUCCAAGCCUGCUAAAAGCCUGGGACUCCUUCAACACACAGAGAGGAUCAGAGAAUGACCGGCCAGAUUUCUUCAAUGAGGAGCAGCUGUUUCUGAUCCUGGAGUUCGAGUUUGGAGGCAGUGACCUGGAGAACAGUAAUGGACAGCUGGCGUCGGUGAUGGUGGCUAAGAGUAUCCUCCAUCAGGUGACUGCAGCUCUGGCUGUGGCUGAACAGGAGCUCUGCUUUGAACACAGUAACAAGUGGGGUGACUACCAGCCCCACUCCAAUGUGUUGCAGGCUCCAUUACCUGAGCUCCAAGCUGCUGACUAUGACCUAUAA